CCUAGUUUGUUGAAGGUUUAGUUAUCAUGUUACUUUUUCCAGUUUCUUUCACUUGUCUCCAUGCUCACAGAUCAGAGGGAGGAGUACAGCCAGAAGACAAUGGGCCAAUUUUGGUUCAUGCUUACAACAAAGGGACAGUACACCGUCAAUGGACACUCCCAUUACGAAAGGUGCACUAUACUCUCGGACUGGUGACAGCGAGGUUGAUGACACUCAAGCGGAUGGACAUCAUUACAGUCAAAGAGAUUUGGAUUCUGCUCUGAGAACAGCUAGGGAGGAGAUUGUUGCUCAGGAAAGAGAAGCGGCAGACUGGAAGAGGAAAUAUGACGAAAGUAGGCAAGAGGUUGUUGAGAUGAGGCGGAUUGUUGCAGAGUACGAGAAGACCAUAGCCCAAAUGAUAGGUAAAAACUGUUUCUGAUAUUGUUAAACGUGU